AUGGCUGCCGAGCAAUCAAGCUCAUCAUGGCAUCCGGCUGUGAUGCCCAAUAACCCGGAUGGGGCUGCUGCUCCCACUGAGGCACCCGCCGACGCGACCAAGCCGACACCAUCAUCCCUCCCUAUCCAGCCCGCGAAGCCUACAACGAUAGAGUCUUCAUCACCCGACGAUUCGGAGACUUCCAGUGACGAAGAAUCUUCCGAUGCUUCGCUUUCACAGGAUGGUGAUGAAGGCGAUGCCAGGGUAGCUUCCGAAGAGCCAGCAGCUGGGCAGCACCCAAUCGAGGAGCUCCCCACCGAGCCCGCCGCAGAGAACCCCGAGGCUGAGACAACUUCUAAACCCAAGGCCUCGACCUCACAGCACGCUAGCUCCAUGUCUUUCGCUCGGACCGUAUCCCACGAUAUCACCUUUGGCGACGAUGAUGAGGGUGACUGGAAUCUAUCCCGCACGGACACUGAUCCCUUCAAAUUCAUGCCUCCUUCAGAUCGAACAAACUCUUUCCCGGUUGUGCCACCCAUGUCCCCAGGCUCGGACUCGUACGGACAACCACUGCCUUCGAACCAGGCUGCAGAUGUCCUGGAAGAGAACGAAAGAGACGUCGACGCCGAGGAGGAGGAGUACCAAAGGGGGAAUGCCCCGGAAGAUUCCGCCGUACUCGCCGCUCCUAAGAGGCAGCAUGGACGGUCAAUCUCCAUUGGCAGGGACCUUCAAGAACCCGAUGAACAGGACUCUGAGGCACGAUAUGAGGAGGGUAUUCCAUUGAUCUCCCAAACUGGACAGGAGCAGCCAUCCGAGAAGUCCAACGCAGCCGUUACUAGCUCCUUUGACGAGGAAGAUGGAGCCGGCGAUGACUUCUUCAGCCAAGUUCGGGAUUCUAAGGCGGAUGGCGCUUUGAAUGGUCUGCCAGUGCAGCCUCUGGAGCGCAAGUCUACCAUGCAGGUUUUGGAUUCAGUUAACCCUGGCUCCCUCUCGCGCCAGUCUACUCUCGAAGAGGAGUCAGAGGAGUCAGAGGAGUCAGACGAGCCAGAGGAAGUCCUUGCAGAGGCAGAUUCAAAGGCCCAAACUAAGGAUGGCCAACCCCCCAAAGAUCUGGCUGCAAAAUGGGAGGCAGCCUUUGGUGACGACGAUGACGAUGACUUCCUUCUAGAAGACAGCACACCACCGGAAAACAAAGAGGUUGACCCAGCAGCUUUCUUGGGCAGCGAUGACGAAGGUUUAUUGGAGGAUGACGAGCCGGCUCCAGCUCCUGCGCAAAACCCUUACCUCCCUCAAAAGCCAACGACUCAGCGAGCAGCCUCAUAUACCCCUGGAACGACGGCUCCCGUACAGACUGCUCCUGGUGGCAUGUAUAGUACACCCGCGCCGGCGAUGACCCCAUACGGAUCAGCACCGCAGCACAACACACCAGCCCCUGCUGAGAGACCUGGGUUGCCGAGGGCCCAAAGCUUUGUGGACAAGGCCAAGGGAGGAUAUUCGUCUCCCUAUGACCUGCCUACGGAUCUUGUCACCCCUGUGAUGAAGCCCCGAAAGAGAGCUAGCAUGCAUCAGCUUCCUCGAGCUUCUGCACCUCCUCCUCAGGGAUCAUCGCUGCCUAGAAGUAGCAGCAUGUUCAUGCCUGGCCCACCGUCUAAUUCUCUUUCUCCCCCCACCUCGAGUCAUGGGAGCCAAGGCCCGCCGAUGCAUCAAGCUUCCCCUAUGCAACAUAAACCUCCAACUCCUGGUGUUCAACACAAGGAGAGCUUCUUUGAGGAAUUGCCUAUGGUACCCAAGCCUCGCCCAAGCUCGAGAACUAGCCUGCGUGCUCCCUCUCCUGCCCAGCAUCCUCCUCCAAUGGCCUAUGGCGCUCACCCAGCUCCCCCGCCUCCGACCAUGAACCAGAUGUUACCUCCACCUCUGCCCGCGCACCCGGUUGCUCCUAGCCAACCCCCUGUCACUCAUCCGACUGGAGUUGCAAACCUGGUGUCCCCCGAACGGGUGAGCCCUUACGCUGCCCUUUCAACCCCGGCGAACCAUCUACCUCCGCCAUCCACCAACGGUUCUAGAUAUUCGCCGGCUCCUGGGGCUACCGGGAACCAUUCGGCUCCCCCGGUGCCUAUCAAUAGCCGCUACUCUCCGGCCCCCCCUGCUACGAAAGGACACGCUUCCUACGGACCUGUUGCAUCAUCUGCAGUCCCACCACCAAUCCUGCCUUUUCAACCUCGAACGUCGAGCCCCUUGACUCACUGUGAGACGAACCAUGGCCCUAACGGGGAGUUGACACUGGCAGAACGCCGAAUGAGCUCUUCCUAUGAGCCACGGUUGAACCGCGUUUCCUCUCUACCCCCAACCCGCGAGGUUGAUGAAGAAGAGGAGCAAACGACUCCUAAUAGGUCUGCGAGCGCUACGCACCCCCCUUCUCAUCUCGAAUCCAGGUACAGCCCUGGAAACUCUCCAAGGGCAAUUCGACGCACGCCGCCACCUCCCAGUUACGCCGGGCAGUUGACGCUCUCCCCCCCUAAGCAGUCAGGCCCGAGCUAUGUGCCUUAUGCUCCACAUGCUCCUCCCACGGCACAGGCUGGAUUUGUCCCACCUCCUCGGGCUCAGACCCAGUCUCCCAGCGCCGCAUAUGGCCACAAGCAAGGAACGAGAUCUUCCGAACAUGUUCGACGUCCCUCAUCCGCCCACUCGGCCACCUCCCCAGUUAUUACUCGGCCGGCACAUACCUCGUACGCUCCCGUCAGCCGAGUUCGCGGCCAAUCCAUUACGAUGAAUAUGGUUGCGCCAACUGAUGGACGGGAGAAGGAUCCUCUUCAGCGAUGGAAGGGUGCCCCGAUUUUCACUUGGGGUGUCGGUGGUACCAUGGUCACGUCUUUCCCUAACAGCGUGCCUCGAUAUGGCAUGAACCAAAGUGUGCCAACUAUUAUUCGCACACCUGGUGAGGUCAAGGUUCGUAAUGUCAAGGAUAUUGAACCGCUUCAGGACCGCCUUGCCAAGUUCCCAGGCCCUCUCAAGGGCAAGUCCAAGAAGAAGGAGACCAUCGCCUGGUUGACUGCUGGCAUUGAGACGUUGGAGAAGGAUGUCCCGGAGAUUUCAAUCCACUCCCAGCUCUCUUUGGAGUCCAAACGUGCUAUUGAGCGCCUGCUUCUAUGGAGAAUCCUUCGUAUCUUCAUCGAGUUUGAUGGCAUACUUGAGGGCACUCCAGCAGUGGAGAAGGCAGUGCGAGACAUUCUCUCACCUGGUACAAUCACACCCACUGCAGAUGACGAUGCCCUAUUCCCUGGUGUUGGAGGUUUGGGUGUUGGGCCUAGCGCCGUCACUGCAAUGCAAGCUGAUGGAGCUGAUAUGUCAACCAUGGACCAAAUUCGCCAUCACUUAUUGAGGGGUGAUCGGGAGAAGGCUGUUUGGGCCUUUGUCGAUAAACGGUUAUGGGGCCAUGCCAUGUUGAUCUCUCACACGGUGUCGGGCGAUCUUUACAAGCAAGUUGCACAAGAGUUCGUCCGAAAGGAGGUCAACUACCCUGGCCACAACAACGAGUCGAUGGCGGCACUGUACAAGGUUCUGUCCGGAAACUUCGACGACUGUGUCGAUGAGCUUGUCCCUGUUCAUGCUCGAGCUGGUCUCCAACUUAUGUCAACUCAGGCUGGCCUGGGACCUGCAAAGGAUACCCUCGACGGGUUGGACAAGUGGCGGGAGACGUUGUCUCUUAUCCUCAGCAACCGCAGUGUCGAUGACACUCGCGGGUUGAACGCCCUUGGAAAUCUCCUUUCCAGCUACGGGAGAGCCGAAGCAGCCCAUAUCUGUUUCCUCUUCGGCAGGAAUGCAUCCGUCUUUGGUGGCCUUGACGACCCUAACGCCAACCUUGUGCUCCUGGGCUCGGACCAUCAUCAGCAGUCUGACCAGUUUGCCAAGGAAACCGAGGCUCUUCAGCUCAGCGAGGUAUACGAGUAUGGCAUUUCACUCGCAGGAGGACUCGCAGCCGCGGCCGGAACUCCUCAUCUUGCUGCCUACAAGCUCCAGCAUGCUAUGACUCUCGCCGAGUACGGCUACCGGGACAAGGCCUUGCAGUACUGCGAUGCCAUCGCAACUGCGAUGACCUCCCAGACGAAGAGGUCACCUUAUCACCACGCCAUCUUGGAAGCUGCUUUGGAGGACUUCAUGACCAGACUCAAGCAAGCUCCUAAGGAUGAGACCAAUUCCUGGAUCUCGAAGCCCAGCAUGAAUAAGGUUUCAGACAGCAUGUGGAACCGAUUCAACAAGUUCGUCGCUGGAGACGAGAAUGAGAAAAACGGAACUGGACCCGGUGGCGAGGGGGAGACUGGCCCAUUUGGCCGCAUUGCGACAACGCCGACUAUGAGCCGGUCGCCCUCUGUUUCCAACUUUGAAGUAUAUGGUGGACAAUCACCAGGCUACCCCAUGGGGACUGCUCAACCUGCGGCAACUGCUGCAGGAUCGCGGUAUGCCCCAGGGGCGGUGACGGCUACCCCCUCGUCCAACCCUUACGAACCUACGUCCCAAUACACUCCUGGCCCGAGGAGCUCCAUGGACCGAGGCUCAAAUGAGUACCCCCGGAACUCUUACGAGCCCUCAUACCCAGGAGUUGCUCCAGCUUCGGCACCGUCUGGAGGUUAUACCCCUCUGGUUCCCUCGGCGUCUGAGUCAACUCUCCCCCAGAUGGACUCUGGUAUGGCUGUAGCCCCGGGACUGGCACCAGCUGCUCAAAUUAUGCAGGGGGGUCAGCUUGGCGGAUAUCAACCUUUCGGCGUUCCCACAUCCGCUAGCAUGCCUGUAUCUCCCACAGGUGGUGAGGACAAGGUCACCGAUUCAUCUCAGCAGGGAUAUCAGCCUCUGAGCUAUGGAUACGAGCCACCUUCGCUCAAUUCCAAUUCCCUUGCGCCCGAGAGCCAAGCCAACACUGCUGAAAGUGGCAGUGAUGGAUAUGAGCCACCAUCAUUCCAGCCAUAUGGCUACGAACCACCUUCUUAUCAGCCUGACCUGGGGUCAACUGCCGAGGAUGUAGAUGAUACGCCAAAGCCCAAGAAGAAGAGCUUCAUGGAUGACGACGACGAUGACAUGCCUUCUUUGAGGCCCAAGGAGCAAUCGAAGAGUGAUAGAGAUCGGGAGAACGAUGAGAUGUUCCGUAAGGCGGCUGAAGAGGAUGCGAAGCGUGCUGCUCAACAGUCACCUAAGAAAGGUUGGGGUUUCUCGGGGUGGUUUGGCAAGAAGGCAGAUACGCCUCCUCCUGCCGGCGACCAAUCGCCCGGCAAGCCUAUCCGAGCGAAGCUGGGAGAGGCCAGCAGCUUUGUGUACGAUCCUGACUUGAAGCGAUGGGUCAACAAGAAGCCUGGCGCCGAGAUCGUGCCAGCUAAGACGGCCACCCCCCCUCCCCCUAGGGCCAUUCCUCGUUCCGUCUCUGGAACUCCCCCACCACAAUCAACUGGUACGCCUCCGCCGCCGAUGGCUAGUAGUGCGCCGUCGGGUGGCAUGCCACUUCACAUGCGCUCGGCAACCCCGGAGUUGACGAGGGCUCCUUCGAUGGAUAAUUUGGGUCUGUCAGCCCCUCCUCCGCUCAUGGCCCGUUCCGUGUCCAACCCUAGCUUGGGAGGACCUGCCGUUGGCCCUCCGUCCAGACCUACUACAAGCAUGAGCAAUGCCAGCAGUAUUGACGACCUUAUCGGCGCUGCCGCACCCCGCCGGCCGGGCGAGAAGAAGAAGCCUCGCAAGAGCGGUCGCUAUAUCGACGUUAUGGCUAAAUAA